AUGACGUCAGUGACAACAGCGCAGCGCGUGGAGGCCUUGAGCUGCGCCUCGUGCCACUCCCCCCAAAAAACCUCGCGCACUACACGCUCAGUUACGAGGGACCACCACCCAGGUCACCACCAGCCCACGCCAUGUUACAGAGAUGUGCCAAGGCCCACAACAUCCAGAGACUUCAGAUAUUCAGGACAGAUCUCAUCCCCUGGAGCCUGGAGGAGCUUUAAGCACCUCAGUGACAAGUCCACCUCCUCUGAAGACGUGACCGUGGGAUUGAAGAGAUCCUCAAAGUAUUCCUUCCACCGUCCCACAUCCCUGGUGGAGGUCAAAGCUCUCCACCCUCACUAUCAUCAGACACAUGUGGGCGUGAGAGCAGCUGCGCCUCUCCUCCCGACACUACGGUAUUGUCCGGAGCGGGCCGCAUAUCGAACAGCAGCGGGAGAAGAGCAGCCCGAAGGCGGCCACCGCAGCGAGCAGCGCCGGCCUCUUCCGACAGUAUACCGCGGGGCUGGGGCUCGCCUCCAGAAUGCGAGCGUGACCAUGAACGGAGCCGUGUAUAUCUCGUUUUUCCAGGGGCAGCUCGAGUCGGUGUUGGAGCAGGUGGUGCAGCUCGCCGUUCAGGAAAUCAGCAAAACGGUGGGCUCCAGCCUGAACGCCAUGCUCCUGGAGACGGCCGUGAAGGAGCAGGAGAACCGCCGGCUCCGGCUGCAGAUCCAGGCCGAGACCGAAGACGGGGGCCCGGCCAAGACCAAGUCCGGAGAGGAGAGACAGGAGGGCGGCUGGGCGCAGACACACGGGCCCGGAGGACAAAGCUCCGAACGCGGCCUCCUCAGCGACACACGCCGCCUGGAGCAGCGCGGACGGGUCGUGGAUCAGUUGAAGUCGGUGAUGCAGAGGGUUCUGGACUUUGCUGUGGCAGAGCUCACUAAGAUCGUGGAGGCCUCGUUCGAUGACCUUCUGUUGGAGAUCACCAAGAUGGAGAGGGAGCAGCAGAGUCUGGAGGAGCGUCUGGGGCUGGAGAGGUCGAUGGAGCGCUCAGGAGCCAGAGACAGGACAGGCUCCAAACGAGGGAGGAGAGGAUCUGAAAACGAUUCUGUGUCACCGAGCGGGAGUGAAGACAACAGAGAGGAGGGAGGAGAGAAGGAGAACAGCCAAGGAGAGCCUCGGCCCUCAGACUUGGGCCCGUCUCAGGACUGGGUUCCCAUCCUCGACAAAGUGUUUGGGCAGAGAUGGUGCGGCGACGCCUGGAGCGCCGACCAGCUGGACGGAGGAGUAUCCACGGAGACAGGAGAAAGUGGGCGUAGCUCUGCUGUGGCCCCACCCCUCAGCCUGGAGCCUCGCCCCUCUUCGCCACAGCAGGACCCAAGAUGGACGCCACUCGAGGACAUGGAGGUGUUCUCCCCCGACGAGGACGAGGAUGCUUCCGCCACCGUGGCAUCCGCAUCAGCACCGCCCACUGCCACGACGACAGCAGUAUUAGGCCCCGCCCCCAGUCCCAAAGGCCGUCGCUCCUCCGCCUCCAUGCUGCACCGUUUGCUCACUCUCCCCUCUCAGCUGCUCGAGGAGGAGGAUGCUGACGACAGCGAGAUGGAGAGCAUCGCCGUCUCCAUGGCAACGGAGGCAGCGGCGGGUGCCACGGAAACAGCCCGCGGCCUGGCAUCACCUGCGGCAACCAGAGACGAGGAAGACGAGGAUGACGAGGAAGAGGAGGAGGAGAGACGCAAGAAGAAGCGGCGUCGCGUGUGGACCGAGUGUGAGGACUGUGGCCGUAGAUUCAGUCGUGUGUCUUUGCUCAAAGCUCAUCGUCAGACGCACCUUUCCGAAUCCUCUCCUACUCCCAACGACUCUCCUCCGGGCGAUUCUCCGGCCGCUUCCCUCCGCUGUGACGACUGCGGAAAACGUUUCUCAUCCAACACGAGACUCCAGAGCCACGUGCGGACCAGCCAUGCCCACAAACACGCCUGACCAUGGCCGUAAACAGACCAGACCACGCCCACAAACAGGCCCGACCGCGCCCACAAACAGACCAGACCACGCCCACAAACAGGCCCGACCACGCCCACCAACACCAACAGGCCAUAACACACCCACAGACACACCGGCAAUGCUCACAAACAGAUCUAAAGACAAGAAAACAGCCUAAAAAAUACAAUGGGAUCCAUUACAGCGACAAUCACAGGCCUGAAGACAAGGAAAUGGGCUAAAACAACUAAAUAAGAUGUAAAAUAUGUGAAGAAAAUGGCCUGUAUUUUAGAAAAUGUGCUAAAAUAUACAUUAAAACCCAUCCAUAGCCACUAUAACAGGCCUGAAGACAAGAGAAUGGGCUAAAAUGUACCAUAGUAUCCAACCACAGACACAACGCCACAAGACAAGAAAACGGGCUAAAAAAAAUACGAUACAAUACAAUGACAAGCCUGAAGACAAAGGAAUGGGUUAAAAUAAUUAAACAUACAAAACAUGGGGGGAAAAAAGCCUGAAGACUAAAGUCAAUGGGAUUUUAUGGAUGAAGGGAAUUGAACCAGGUACAGACGGGCCUGAAGACAAGAAAUUGGGUAAAGGCCAGAUACAAAACAGCUUGAAGAUGAGAACCAAAAUAAAGAUAUAAAACAUGGGGACAAACAGGCCUGAAGACAAGAAAAUAGGCAAAAUAACGCACAAGUGUGAAGAAAAUAGGCAAAAUAAUGCACAAGUGUGUGGCAAGACAACAAAAUGGGACUAAAAGGCAAAAAGACACUGAAAACAAGGUCUGAAGGGAAAAUAGUGGAUGAAAUAUACAACAGAAGAUUAAAUGGGCCUCAACAGGAAAUCUGAUUUGAAAUGUAAAAAAAACAUUGGACCUGAAGACAAGAAAGUGGGCAAAAGGUAAAGACAAAACAGCCUGAAGAUGAGAAACAAAAUAUAGAUAUAAAACAUGAGGGCAAACAGGCCUGAAGACAAGAAAAUGGGCAAAACUCUACUGUUAAAGCAGAUCAGAUGUAACAUGGGGAUGAAUAGACGUCAAAGUGGAAUCCAUUGGUUAAAACAAGCCUGAAGGGAAAACACAGCGUUAAAUCCAGAGGAGGCAGAGUCAGACCAAACCCAGGGAAAAAUGGUACAAGCGAUAACGACCAGUGAAGGUGAGAUACACCCUGAAACAAGAGAUAAACAUAAAAGAGGAAAAUAGGAAAUAAAGACUGUGAGGAUUCCCUGAACAGGCCUGAAGACCAAACUCACCCCAAAAACCCAAAAAUGCACAAUCAAGACACAUAAUUAAAACUCAAAAGAAGAAAAAAAUCUGCCAAAAAUAAACAGCGAAUGUUAAGAAUGUUAAAGCUAUACUGUAACUUUUCUGUCAUGUGCUGCUCGUCUCCAUGGAGAUGUUGGAAUGUUCCACAGUAGAGCAUUUAUCCAUCUUGCAUGUAUUCAGUUACAGGUGUUUUUAUCGCUCAAAAUGACCUAGAAAAACAUGGAUCCUUAUUGUGAGCGGACUCGCCUCUCUGCCGACCUGUAACCUGGAGAUAGAUAAAUUUAAUGCCAUACCGUGAAACAUUCUAGUCAAAGCAAUAAUAACAUCUCCAUGGAGACAAGCAGGUGGCUGACCUUGUAUCA